AUGUUGAUGCAGUUGUGUCGUUGUGUGGACUCCGUGGUUGUUGUUGUGGCGGCUGUUUGUGUAACAGUGUUGCUGCUGCAGAAAAGCUGCGUGUGUGUCACCGAGGAGGACGAUGAGGUCUUGGAGAAAAACCAGCUCAUGGAGUUUUACAAAAAGGGUUCGUUUAUCCUGGAGAGUGAGACGCUGAAGCGCUGCGUCACAGUGGAUCGCUCUAACCUGGUGCUUGAGGACUGUGAGCGCCCCUCUCGCCGCAUGCUGUGGAAGUGGGUCUCCAGACAUCGCCUCUUCAAUUUGGGCACCAGCAUGUGUCUGGGCCUCAACAUCUCUGACACGACGCAGCCUCUCGGCACGUUCGAGUGCGACAUGACCCUGCCUGUGCUGUGGUGGCGCUGUAGUGGAAACCUGCUGUAUGGCGCGUCCCAGUGGAAGGUGGCUGUUUCCGGACGUUUGGUGGUGGUUAAGAAAAACAAUUAUCAUGAGUGGAAAAGGUACAACACCCCCAGAGAGGGGCCCUGUUCAUAUCCCUAUGAAGAUAUCCACACUUUGUUGGGAAAUGCACAUGGCAUGCCCUGCGCAUUGCCCUUUAAAUACAAUAACAAAUGGUACUCGGAGUGCACGACUGAGGGGCGAGAGGACCAUCUUCCGUGGUGUUCUACCACCAUUCACUAUGAUGAGGCCGAAAGAUGGGGCUUCUGUCCGGUGCAUGACUCCAGUUGCGAUCGUUUCUGGGAAUCAAACCAGGAACUGCGUGCCUGUUACCAGUUCAACCUGUACACCAUCCUCACCUGGAGUCAAGCGCUGUCAACCUGCCAGGCUCAAGGUGGAAAUCUGCUCAGCAUCACCAGCCUGGCAGAACACAGGUACAUCAGAGAUCGAUUGGAUAGUGUCGGAGCGAUGGUGUGGAUUGGGCUGAACCACUUGACGGAUGGUCGGGGGUGGCAGUGGUCUGAUGGAGCACCUCUAUCAUUGGUCAAUUUCACUACAGGUCUGCCUGCCAGCCCGCUACAGGACGACAGACAGUGCGGAGUCUACAACUCAGCCUUCGAGGGUCACUGGCAGAGUCUCUCCUGUGAAUCUGCUCUGCCUUACAUCUGCAAGAAGACGCCUAAUGAUACCCGGAGAGUCGAGCCACUCGAGAACUGGCAGUAUGUCCAUACUGUGUGUGCUAAUGACUGGUUGCCUCAUAAUGGUUUCUGCUACCGGAUACUAUCAGAGGCAGAAGCAGGAAGCUGGGAGGAGUCUUCCCAGGCCUGUGGCUCUCAGGGGGCAAACCUCACCAGCCUUCACUCCCUCUCUGAGGUGGAAAUGCUGCUCAGCCUUCUGGCUAACUUUUCUGGGGCGAGUUCGGACUUAUGGAUUGGUCUUUGGAAACAAGUAUCGUCGCCGACUGUAGAGUGGUCUGAUGGCUCACCAGUAACUCUGACACUGUGGCACCACUAUCAGCCUCCACACAACCUGACAGAUGCAACACUCUGCGCCAAGGCAGACAGGAAGGAAGGGACCUGGAUUUUAGCGUCAUGUGAUGAGCGACUUCCAGCUGUGUGUAGAAGAGAAAGUCAGACUCCUGUUCGUCAACCUGGAACCUGGGAUGAAGGUUGUCCUGAGGGCUGGAAGCGGCACGGCCACUCCUGCUACACUGUGACCAGCCAUGAACAGAACUAUGAAGAUGCACUGAUGGGAUAUUACUGCAAGGCCUCUCUCCUUACUGUGGAAAACAGGUUUGAGCAGGCUUUUGUCAACAGUUUGCUGAGCGAGAACGGGGCCAACAGCAGCAUGUAUUACUGGAUCGGCCUCAUGGACGUGGAGAGGAAAGGAGAAUACAGCUGGCUUCCUCAUAAUGGCUCCUCUCUACCUCUCACCUUUACAAACUGGAACAAACACCAGCCAGUCAGUGCCGGCGGCUGUGUUGCUAUGUCAGGUGGACCUGCUCUUGGUCACUGGGAGGUGAAAGACUGCAAGUCCCACAAGGCCGUGUCAGUAUGCAAGCAGAGCAUCAGCAGUUACCAGGAUGUCCAGCUGCCAGAGCACCACAUUGAUGCCUACGCCCCCUGUCCUCCAGGAUGGGAAUCACACUCUGGACUGCUGCACUGUUUUAAGGUGUUCCACGAUGAGAAAGUCCUGAUGAAGCGUUCCUGGGUGGAAGCAGAUUUCUUCUGCCAGGCCCUCGGGGCUCAGCUGGCUAGUUUCCACCACUAUGAGGAGCAGGUGUUUGUUAAGCAGCUCCUCAGUACCAUGUUCGAAGGAACAGAGGGUCGCUGGUUUUGGGUGGGCUUAAAUAAGAGAGACCCAGAACACCUUGGAACCUGGGAAUGGUCCGAUGGUUCUCCUGUGGUGACGUCCUUCAUAGAGGAUAAGAACGAGGAGGACGACAGGAGGGACUGUGCUGUGUACAGUGACCUGACCAACGUCCUCAUGCCGCAGCCCUGUGACACCAAACAUGAGUGGAUCUGUAAGAUGUCCAGAGGUGAUGAACUGACAAAACCCUACUGGUACACAGAGCAGAGUGAGCCGUGGGUGUUUUACCGUGGAGCUGAGUACCUGUUGGCCAAGCAGCCGUUCAACUGGGACGCCGUCUCUCUGGCCUGUCAAAUGAUGGGAGCUUACCUGUUGUCCAUUCACUCCAGGGACGAGCUGCACUUUGUCAAGGAGCGUUUGCGACGGUUCUCACUGGGCCCUACUGACUGGUGGAUCGGCAUGUCCGUUGGCAAGCCUGGAGAGGAGGUCAGGUGGAGUGACAGGACAGAAGUAGAGUUUCAGAACUGGGCAGAGGGGAGUGCCGGGGCUGCCUCUGGGAAAAAUGGGUUGUGUGUCACCAUGUCCUCUUCAUCAGGCAAAUGGUCGAUGAAUAAAUGCAGUGAUCUCCACGGCUAUGUCUGCAAGAGAAAGACUGUUUCUGUGGUGGAGACUCCCAGGGAGCCGCACUACAUCGGAGGCUGUCCAGAGAAAUGGCUGUACUUUGGACACAAGUGUCUCCUGCUUCACCUCCCUGGUAGUCCUGAGGAGGGAAAGAGUUGGAAAGAUGCCGAGUCCAUCUGCUCCUCAUUCGAAGGAUCGCUGGUUGCUAUUGAAGAUGAGAUUGAACAAGCCUACAUCACCAUGCUGCUCCAGGGCAGCUCUGUAGGCGUGUGGAUCGGCCUGCGGGAUGAAGACACCAUGAAAUGGACCAAUGGGAAACAAGUCAGCUACACCAACUGGUCUCCAAUUGAACCAAAGAGCUAUCUCACUGAGGAUGAGUGGCUCAGUGGAUUUGCUGAUGAACCACUGUGUACCGUUCUGUCCAACAACCACAACUUCCACUUGACAGGAAAAUGGUACGAUGAGAAGUGCAGCGAGAAUGGGUAUGGCUUUGUUUGUCAAAAACCUCAAGAUAGAUCCAAACCUCCCACCCACUCCUAUAGCCACCCUCUCCCUGACAAUAUUGAGUACCAGAGUCGCAGCUACAAGGUUGUUUCUGGCAACAUGAGCUGGUACGACGCAACGCUUAUGUGCAUAGAGAAUGAUGCGGACCUAGUGAGCAUCACAGAUGCCUACCACCAGGCUUUCCUUACUGUCCUUGUCAAUAGAUUGGCAGUACCCCACUGGAUUGGACUGUAUAGUCAAGACAGCGGUAUCAAUUAUCAGUGGUCAGAUGGCAGCGACACCGUAUACACACACUGGGACGCGGCCGAUGACGACUUUGUGACAGGAGAGUGUGUGUACAUGGACGUGAGUGGAGGCUGGCGAAGAGCUGACUGUGAAACUUUGCUGCCAGGAGCCCUGUGUCAUGUCCCCCCACCAAGGAAUAAGCCAUUUAUCUCAUAUGAAGUGGUGUGUCCCUCUACGUGGGUGAAAUUUGGACAUGGCUGUUACAAUUUUGAGCCUGUAGUGCAGAGACUUACAUUUGAAGAGGCAAAAGAGCACUGCAGACAGAAAGUCAACACCUCUGAUGUCCUGACCAUUGAGAGUGAGACGGAGAACCGCUUUGUUCUGGAGCAGCUGUGGUCUACAGGGUUCCUUCACCAGAACAUGUGGUUGGGGAUUUACUUCAACAUCGACACUGAUUCCAUGGCCUGGGUGGAUGGUUCACCUAUGGACUACACUAACUGGCCUAACAAAGCCCCAGACUCCAAACUGCUGACUGCAGAUUCCUGUGUUACUACCAGGGUGGUCGACGGAAUAUGGCACUUGUCACGGUGCACAGAGCGGCUCGGCUUUGUCUGCAAAACCAUCUCAGAUGUCGUUCCUGAGGUUGAAGUGCAGCCACUGAAUGGUUUACAUCAUGGCAUCAUCCCCACUGCGGUGCUGGUGGCUGUACUGAUCUUUGCUCUGCUGGCAGGAGCAAUGUGGUUCGUGUACAGGAGGAACUCUGCUCGUUUUCGUGGACUCCCUACGCUCGGAAGCGCUUAUUACAGACAGACCAGCUCACAGGCUACAGAGUCAGAUGGAAAUGUGCUGAUCACAGACCUGGAAACUCACUCAGGAGAAUAACGCUUAAAGACUCCACGCCUUUUUAGGUCUCUGUUGUUUUUUUCCCCCCAUUCUCUGUCUCUCUCUCACCAUUUCACCAUCAGGUAUGAAUGCCAGAUGACACUGAAGCUGUGACGCUGACUCCUCAGGACAGUGGUGAGAUGAUAAUGGCAAACAACAGUAUUAGGUCAUUAAAUUUGAGAAUGUGCUUGACAGAUCUCACUUACCCCCCUUUACAGAUUUAUUCAAAUCAUUUAAAUCAGGAAAACAUUAUUUCUUGUUUUGACACUGAGGAGCCCGCAGUUGAAUUACUGUGGUUUGAAGUAGAAUAACAGUGGUCAAUAUUUUAAAAUUCACAUGAGAAUGUUAAUAAGGGACAUUGUAGAGCUUUUAACUUGUUUAAAGAGGUACAAAACACCUAAUAUUUGAUAUAGUCCUGCAGUAUGAGUAUUCAUUUCUAUUAUAAUUUGGAAAACAGUAAAAAAACAAAAAACAAGUUAGGAUUUACUUCAUAGGAACAAGAGUACAUAUCUCUUUGUCAGAAUCACAAGUGUCUUCCCUCUCUCAGACAAGAGGCAUAUUGUUAACAAAUAACAAUUACUACAAUAAUUGUAAUGUAAAUGUAGAUUUGAUUAAAAAAAUUCGGGGGUCUUUGGAGCUGUACACGAGGUACCGCUAUUUUGUCAGUAUUACUUUUAUAUUUUAUUUUUUUUAAGUAUAUAUGCUGUAUAUUGGUAAGAGAUUUUUUUUUGUUGUAUGCUCAAAACUAACAAAAACUGUGUAAGGAAACUGAUGAUUGGAUUUGUUCUGUUUUUUCACUUUGCAAAGCAAAUUAUGAAAUGUAUUUUGCACAAUUGUCUCUGUGUUUUAAUAAAUUCAAG